AUGUUCGAAAAGUCAUUAACAGACUUAAUUCGCGGUAUUCGCGCAAAUAAGAAAAACGAACAAAAAUAUAUUGCGGCUUGUAUACAAGAAUGUCGUCAAGAGGUUAAAAAUAAUGACCAUGAUGUAAAGGCGACAGCUAUUUUAAAGUUAACUUAUCUUCAAAUGCAUGGAUAUGAUAUGUCCUGGGCAUCAUUUAAUGUCGUUGAGGUUAUGUCCUCAACAAAAUUUCUUCAGAAAAGAUCAGGAUAUUUGGCUGCCACACAAUCAUUUCGGCAGGAUACCGAUGUUUUAAUGUUAACCACGAAUUUAUUGAAAAAGCUUUUCCUUAAAUAUCCUGAAGCUCUAAGGUUAAGCUUCCCAAGAUUAAAGGAAAAAUUAGAUGAUCCCGAUCCGUCGGUCGUAUGUUCUGUUGUAAAUGUAAUAUGUGAAUUAGCAAGGAAAAAUCCAAAAAAUUAUUUAUCGCUUGCGCCUCAAUUAUUUAAAAUAUUAAAUUCAUCUUCAAAUAACUGGAUGCUAAUUAAAAUUAUUAAAUUGUUUGGAGCAUUAACACCACUUGAACCUAGACUUGCCAAAAAACUAUUACCGUCAAUCACACAACAAAUACAGACAACACAGGCCAUGUCACUUUUAUAUGAAUGUAUACAUACAGUCAUAACAGGUGGAAUGUUAAAUUUAGGUGGAAGUUCUGAUUCAUUGGCUGCUAUGUGCGUUAAUAAGUUGAGGAUAUUUCUGGAAGAUCAGGAUCAAAAUUCGUUAGCCAAAAUUCUCCCAACUCAUCCAAAAUUAGUUUCAGAACACAAAGAUAUAAUUUUGAAAUGUAUUGAUGACCUUGAUAUUAGUAUUAGAUUACGGGCUUUGGAUUUAGUUGUUGGAAUGGUCAACAAGAAAAAUUGCGCAGACAUUAUUAAGCGGCUGAUGGCACACCUUUUACCAUCAAGUAAUUCUGAUCCAUCAACAAGCUAUCCACCCCCAUCCACGCUACUCGAGCCUGCCUACCGGGAAAAUAUUAUAAAUCGUAUUAUUUACAUUUGUUCUCAAAAUUCGUAUAGUAACAUCACGAAUUUUGAAUGGUAUAUUGCCGUCUUGGUAGAUUUGACUUAUGUGGCUGAAGUAAAUGUUGGAGUACUAUUAGCACAACAAAUAAUGGAUGUUGGUGUUCGUGUCAAAAGUGUACGGAAAUAUUGCGUAAAGAUUAUGCAACGAUUGAUUUCGGAUUCAACUCUUUUAGAAAAUUGUAAACUUUUAGAUUCAAAUGCUGAAGUGCUUUAUGCUGCGGCAUGGAUAUCUGGAGAAUUCUGCAGUUAUUUGGAAAAUCACGUCGAGACAAUUGAGUUCCUUGUUCAACCCGGUGUUACAAAGCUUUCGCAUAGCGUUCAAGCUGUAUAUAUUCAUGCAGUUUUGAAAAUUUAUUCUUAUUGGGCUAAUAGUCUAAUUUACAACUGGGAUGAUGAUGCUAAGCAAGAAUUAAUACAGAUAACUGCCAAACUGAAGGAUAAAAUUGGAAUCUUUGGUUCGUGUACAGAUUUGGAAGUUCAAGAGAGGGCAUAUAAUAUACGUGAAAUAUUUUCCAUUAUUCAUCAAAAUUUGGUUAAUGGAGAGAAUAACUUCCAAGAUGAAAAUGUUUAUUCUCCAGCGAAAGCUCCCACAAUAAUCACUGAACUUUCGCCUCUUUUCUUCUCAUACGAACUCAAUCCUGUUGCUCCAAAAGCACAAAAGAAAGUCCCUAUACCAGAGGGGCUUGAUUUGGAUGCUUGGAUUAACGAACCGCUACCAGUGUCAGAAAGUAGUGAAAGUGAAGAAGAGGAGGAGAGUUAUGGAUAUGGUUAUGGACAGAAAUUUGGUGGAAGUGGAGAUUUAAUAUUUUCAAGUGGUAAUGGUACCACUGUCGGUAGACGAAGAGGAAGGAAAAAUGGAAGAAAGGGUGGAUAUGAAAGUGAAGAAAAUGAGGAAAUUCUAGAGAAACGUCUUAAUGAACGAAGGGAACGUAUUAAGAAUGAUCCAUAUUACAUUAACGUUGAUGAUAAAAAAGCUCCACUGAAACUAUCGAAGUCUGUUGGGUUAACUUCACCACGUAAAAUCGAAGAGAUUGACGUGGAUUCAAUACCAGUAGUUCGUUUAUCUAUGAAUGAAUUCGAUUUCAAAUCAAAUAAAAAGUUUUCUGGAAAAUCGAAAAGGUCAAAAGGAACUAAGAAAACGGAUCGACGUUCGCCUUCGCCACCAUCAAUGCCUCCAGUUAUUUAUACUGACAUUGGUGAAAUGCCUGAGAAUGCUACUAUAUCUGAUGACGAGAAAGAAGCUAAAAACAAUAUUGUUCGACAAACUGUCUGGAAUUCGUCGGAAAAAAAUGGUGGCAUUUUAGAUGUUGAUUUUUCAGGUGUUGCUAAUGUGGAUUUAUCAACGCCUUUAGGAGAAGAUGAAAAGUUUCCACAAAUGAGAGUAUAUCUUAGUCCCGAGGAAGUAAGAAGGGUAGAAGAAGAGAAGAGAACUAAAAUGUUGUUGGAAGCUGCUCAGCUAAAAAAGAAUAAAAGUGAUAAAUCAAAGUCGAAAUCUGGUUCACAAACUUCUUCAAAAAUAACAUCUAAUUCUACAUCGAAAGCAAGAAAUAAACGUGUAGAAAAUGAGGAGAAACCUAUCAAAAAGAAGAAGGUAUCCAAGAAAAAGAAUACAGACGAAACAGGGCCCAUGAAAAAGAGUAAAAAGACUGGUUAUAAAAAGAAGUCAAAGAAGAAAUCUGCGUCCGAACAAGUGAUAUUCGAAAACAUUCAAGAUACAAAUGGACCAUAUGAAAUUAUCAAAAUGCCAGUCAAAACCUUGUUAGAUUUGGACGAAUUGCGCGUUUCUUAUACAUUACAUUUAGGAACUGAUAUCGAAAUUAAAAAUGAACCUCCUGUCAUUAUUGCCGAAUUUACUCUACAAAAUAAAAUAUCGGAUAAUUCAUUAACUCAAUUAUCAUUUACUUUUGAAUCUACAUCGGACAUUCAAUUUGAAAAUGCGUCAUUAGAAAUAGGUGAAUUACAAAGUAAUGAACAAAAAGAAAUACAUAUCGAGUUUAAAGUUUUGGGAAUCGUAGGUGUGCGUUUAAAUGUGUCCGGCAACGUUUCUUAUACAACACCGCAAUUGGACGAGGAAGAGGCAACAAUCCACGAUAUACCUAUCAAAUUUGAAUUACCAUUAUCCGUGUUUAUGCUUAAUCUUCCUAAAAUCACUCCAGAACAAUUUAGUUCAAUCGUUUCAGAUUCGUCAAAAUUUCCUUUCUCUGGAUCAACUUUGAUUCAAUUGAACCCAACCGAUCGUACUUUUGAACAAACUUUUCAAGAUGAAUUAAUAAGGUUAACAUCUAUUGCAACUGGUACACGUAUAGUUCAAGAAAUACCUUCAGCAAUAACUAUUUACGGUAAAAGUGUACAAGGGUAUCAAGUUGCAGGAUUAGCAAAAUUAUUUAUUGAACAGAAUGUAGAGGAAAAUGAGUUAAAUGAUCAUAAUAUUAAAGCAAAUAUACGAAUUGAAAUUAAAUGUACGGAACAAGCAUUUAUGGAUGGAUUAAUUAGAGAGAUUGAUAACAUGUUUAAAGAGAUUUUGUGA